CUACCAGGCUGUAAACAUUAUUUUCUGCUCUAAAGAUGGGCAUUUUAACAUGGGGGUCUAUGGGAAUUGACUCCCUUUUGGAGCCAGCCACUAGCCACCAGUCGAUGAAUUGCAGUUUAAAUCACUUCCCUAUUGGCUUCAUCAGAGAUAUCGGAAGGUUGCCCCUCGGUCUAACAAUUAUUUGAAAAACUUAACUAAAACUAUAAUAUUACUUUAGCAAUAAACUUAAACACGUUUACUCUGAGGCAGUAAAAUAGUUAACUGUAAAUAAAAAUUUAAACACUAGAAUUAAAACGGACAUUUUCUUCGGAUGUUGUGUAUACUUGCCAUUUUUUUGUGAAAUUUAAAUGACAUUAAAGUAACUGUCUGAAUAAUUUAUGCUUUUUUAUUGGAACACAAAAGGUAGAUAAUUUGCAAUACACACAAAAAUAUUUAUGGAAACGGCUGCGUCAGACUUCUUUUGCAAUACACCAAAGUUUAUGGGAUAAUUCAUUUUCUUAAUUUGUGACAUCAUCACGCACACAUAAUAUUUUUUCAUCAGUUUUUGAUGGAAACAGAAUUAAGACCGCAAAUUUUGCUUACUUUGUUGUGCAUAUUUACUUGUCUUAUAAACAAAACAGCACAACACUGUAUGGCUAAUGCGGUAAAGGGUGUGACUCUACAGGUUUUAAAUGUAUAAAUCUGUAUAAAUCAAUGUUCAAUGUUGAGAUCAGGGCCCUCCUCACUAUCCGCAUUGAAGCUGAGAUCGUUCACCAGCUUAAUGGAAUGAUACGCAAUGUGCUAGUUUAUGAGCAGAUCAGAAUAAAAUGAACAAUUGUGUGGAGAGAGAAUUUGCACAUCAUAAGCAAACCGAAGAUGCAUUUUCAACACUUACAUUACACAUCACAUCCUGAUGUGUGUCUUCACAGGAUCUUUAUGUGAUGUGUGAAAGAAUUCACAGUUUUCCAGUAAAUCACUGGCAAUGUGAAAUUAAACAAAAUUAACCGAUCCCAGAAUGCAUUCUCAGAAUCUCUGUGUGAAAGGGGCUAUACAGUUUCAUCUAGAUUUUCCCUAGAUUUAGUAAUUUGGAGGUUAAAAAUAAGCAGCAGUUCAUUCAUUAUGAUUUGGUGUUACUUGACUAUCAUAUUCCAUCACCCCAAAGCCCAAUGCCCUGACUGCGCCUGCACUCGAAGCACAACAGGGUCAUGGUGCUAAUCUGGUGGGCAUACACACUACACACAUGCCAGCCUGCUGUCGCUCACCACCCUCCCCCAACAAACACACACACAACUGUCUCGGACCCCCCUCUGCUGAUACACGGCAUGCUGGGUCUUUACAAAGCCCCAUUCUGCAGCCGUCCCAAGCUUUGCACUGUACUGCAGGACUGUUGCCCUCUGCCCUCUCACACACCCUGCACUCUUUUGUCCCACAAGAAAAAGCAACAGUCACAUGUUCACGAGCACAUAGCAGCUGCUGGUGUUUUCCUUCACUUAUUCAAAACUCCCUCAUUCAUUGCCAACAUUUUUACAGGUAAGGUGAUGAGGUGAGUCCCGACCAUCCCGUUUCUAUAGAUAUUUUGGAAAAAACUGAACUGAAUUAAAACCCAAUGUAGGGCCACCUAAUCACCACCUGAUUAGAGAAGAGGAUCAUUAGGCACCAACUAUUUUGCGCACGAUUGAACGACAUUGCCAAAUCGCACAAGAGAAAGAUCUCUCUCUCUCUUUCUUUUUUUAGGAAACAAAAUUGCUAAGAGAAACAAUUAAUAGAUUGUAUAGCUAACUAAAAGCAACUGAUAAGCCAUUACAAUGAGUUAAUGUCAGUACCUCCCUUCCCCCAUAUCAUGUACACACAUACAACCUCCUCCUCAUGCAAGCUUCAAAGGCGAUGAUGGGAAAAGCCAUCUCUCCACUGGCCGCUUCAAAGCACAGGAAGUGUGUCAAAGCGACUAGCCGGCUGGUUCCCAGCCCUGCAUGCGUGUGUGUUAGUGUGUGAGCAAGUGAGAGAGAAGAAAAUAUGUGUGAGCAUGGUAUAAUAACAUGCUCAUCUCUGCGCGUGUAUAUAUGCGUGUGUCUGGGAGGUUCAAAGACAGACAGAAUCCUCUGCGAUGAGAGACAGCACGUAAAAUCUGCUGUGGCGUUGAUGCCCCACUCUGGCAUAUGGACAUGUUUGUGAGCUCGUAUGAGUAUUUUCCUUGAACGUGGAUGUAUAGUAAAUACUUAUGCAUUAGAACCUGCAGUUUCCUUCUCCUGACCCAACCCCAUUCAACUUUAAUAAUCAAGUCUUUAAGAUUUCAGUCGACUAGCCUAUAAGAAUGUCUGGCAUCUAAUUUUGGUGCUUUACUUAAAGUGCACUUUGUUUGCCUGUGGCAAAUUAGUUGUCUGCACAUUUACUGGCUGAAUAAUGUUUUUAUAGUUUUUUUAUAAAUGAAAACUUGCAAGAUUUCCAGUUUGAAGAGCAUUGAAACAGACAGAAGUCUUUAUGAAUAUUUAAGUGAAUAAUUUUAAAUGAUGAACCACAUAUGCCAAUGUAUUGGAAUCCAUAGUUUACUUUGCAUUAACAGCUCUGUGAUUCUUCUUAUAGAAAAGUCACACUUGGAGGGUGUUUUUGUUUGUUCACUCAGUUUAAAGAUAACGUUAGAUGCUCUUUAAUGUUAAUUAAUCUCUGGUCCAGACCAGUGAUGGUGUUCGCUCGGCUGGACGUAUUUUAGCUGACGUCCCGCUCAUGGCGCCCACAGGGGGCUUCGCGCUGCUCUUUUUAUAUUUGGAGACUCCAAAAGAAUCGCGCCUCUCUUUCAUGUGCCGCCUCGGUCCAAUCAAACAGAGGGAGAGGCGGCCUGCGCUAGGCGUCAAUCACGCGCGCUGAGCGGAGCAGCGCAGAUCACUCGAUCCUGCACCGCUGUUGGUGGAUGUGUACGCGACCGGCGCGCUUUCUCGCGGACUCUGAAAUAUCGCAUUCUUUCUGGAUUGUUAUUCUUUUCUGAUGUUUCUAAAUCGCUCUCCGAUGCAGAGAAAUGGGUAAACUUCACUCCAAACAUGCUGCUAUUUGUAAACCGAGGGAGAGCCCUGAAGGCGAUAGCUUUGUAGUUAACGCAUGUUUGGCGAGGAAAGGAUUGGAUGACUGGAUGGUUAAGCAGAAGUAUUACUGCUCGAGUUCUCGUGUAGAUCAACAGCAGAAGAAUACAUGCGGACUUUCUGCACGGGAGCCAUUGGAUGAAGGUUACGCUGAGGGCAUUAGUGAUGAUCACUAUCGUUUAGAAGUGGCCCUGCCUCCUGAGAAGACUGACAGCUGCAGUGUGGAAGAGAGAAUGCAGGACACUGAGGCCUCUGCCACUGUCGGCCAACACAAACAAUUACAGUUUGAGGAGGUGGAGUGUGCUGUAUCAGUAGAAGAAGAUAACAGACAGGAGUGGACCUUCACCCUUUACGAUUUCGAUAACAAUGGCAAGGUCACGAGAGAGGACAUCACCAGUCUGCUGCACACUAUAUAUGAGGUGGUGGACGCGUCAGUGAACCACUCCCCCAGCAGCAGUAAGACUCUCAGAGUGAAACUCUCAGUGGCCCCAGAUUCCAGCCAGAGGUGGAAGAACUGCACCCAGACCAAUCCAGAUACUCCCCAUCCCAGACAUAAAGGGGAAAAGUGCAUUGAAGACACCAAAACUUCAGAGAAAAAGUCAAGAGCUUUUCUCAGUAGGCGUUACCACAACCAGCAGGGUGGCCAGCAGCCCUCUGUAGAUGAGAACUUGGAGAGAAGAAACCAUUACCUUGACCUGGCUGGAAUAGAAAACUACACAUCCCGCUUUGGAACAGCCGCUCCUGCCACAGAGCCUGCAAAACCCAAUCACACCACCCGUUCAUCCAAUCAGACGCGUUCUCGCUCUCAGGAACCCGAGAACGGACACGUGUACCCCUCUUACCAUCGCCGCUCACAGACCAUCUCCAUGGAGCCUCCUGCCAUCUUAACCCGGCACACACAUGCGCUCCACUCCCCCAAAACUAAACGCAACCAAACUGCCCAGGCCUCCGCCGGUCGGGUUAUGAGAAGAGGAGCGCCCCCUCCCCCUGUGCUGUCUAACCAGACCCCUCCACACCAAAGCUCAGGACCCUAUCGACGGCACAAACAGAGGCCUAAAGAAGGGCCGCACUGUCGGGCGCUGGGGUCAACUGUGACGUCCGGUCCUGUAGUGGAGAAAGAGCAUGUGAAAGAUCUGCCAAGCUUGGUGCUGUAUGAAGGAGGACUGGCUCAGGUAGUCCAGCGGCACGAACAUCACCAUCAUCAUGAACAUCAUCAUCACUACCAUCACUUCUAUCAGUCUUGAAGAGCUGAUCUGCCCAAUCACAAAGAUACACGUAGGAAAUGGACUUAAUGGAAGUAUCUUAAAUCUUCUGGCAUAGCCAUGUUGGGGCUUAGAAGGACAGAUGGCAUCACGUUCAUGCUACAAUGGAAGACAAUGUUUGUCUGAAUAUGUGUGUAUUUGUAUAUAGAAGUGUGUAUGAAGAUUCUUUUUUUUCAGUCAUAUGUUUGGCAGCAGAGUCUUUCGACAUAUCUACAUAUUAAGUAAGGGCGCUCUCUCUCUCUUUCUAUCUCUCUCUGUCUCUCUCUCUUUCUCAGCCCAAUUGUUUUUAAUUUUAUUUUCAUAGAUUCACCUAUUUUCCUCUUUUGGUGGAGUAAAUGAAGAACUUCGAUAUAUCAAACCACUUAUGAAGGAAUACAAUUCUGUGUGUGUGUGUGUGUGUGUGUGUGUGUGUGUGUGUGUGUGUGUGUGUGUGUGUGUGUUGUGUUUGUGUUUGUGU